GGAAAGUGUGUGCAUUGAGGAUCUGGGACAAACUCAAGUGGUUGAGCUUUUGUCGAAGCGAGAUUGUUGAACAACUGAACUUUUGUCCGAACAAUUGAGAAUGUGAGAACUCGGCCUAAUAAAAGCCCACUUUAGAAACACACUUUCCAGGAUUCACUUCACUAAAACCAACAAGGGCAACUGACCAGAGAGAGAGAGCAAUGGAUUAUCAGCCACAACCGCCGCCGUCUUCUGAACCUUCCCCGUCGCCGUCUGACCGUCCUCCGGGAAUCACAUCACCGGAGACGCCAACGAACAACCAGAACCACGAGAUUGAGGACAUAAUGGCUUGCGUCACGGCUUUGGAAGCAGCACUGCUCCCAUGCUUGCCAGCUAGAGAGCUUCAAGCUAUCGACCGCUCUCCUCAUCCUUCUCAUCAAAUUGAUGUUGAACGUCACGCCAGAGAUUUCAUGGAAGCUGCUAAAAAGCUUCAGCUUUAUUUCAUGGGACUGAAGCGAGAAAAUCACGCCCCCACAAGAGCUGAAAGUCUUAGGAAGGAGAUUGCAGUCAUGGAGGAAGAGCUCAAGACAAAAGAGGAGCUUAUAAAGAAACACUCAAGGCUUAUCCAAGAAUCACAGAAGCUAGUGAAAGAACAGAUUGAGAAACACAGAGUGGAGCUGGAGAAAGUAUAAUUAACACAUCAAAGCAAUGUUAAUUUGUUUCAGUAGUAUAUAGAUGCAACUCUCCUACUCAUUUAUUCAUCCAUUUAUGUCUUAUUUUACAUUGCAAGAGUAAUGCAGACAAUGAGUGAUUCCAUCUGUAAUCCACAUCCCUUACAAAAAGUGCAGAUACACUUAAAUUAUUAUUUUUUGUUGCUU